AUGGGGGCCUUUGCCAAAGCGGAGCCAGGGAGGGGUCCCAUUCUGGGGGCCUCCUCCUGGGCAAUGAGUCCCUCCUCCAAAGCCACCCUUCUUUGUCCCAUGCAGGAUGGCCCAGGCUCACAGGAUGGCCACCUGAGCCCCGACCCCCUUUUCCGAGUGGGACCACCCGAGCCCUGCAAAGGUGCUGUCCAUGGUGUGGCCUUCACACCCUUUGCAGAAGUGAACACAACCAGUGCUCCUCCUCCUCUGUUCUGCAUGGCACGGACCACCUCAAACACCUCUUCUGCCCCAACGACGACAACAACCACCACCUUCAAGGCCUCCUGGGGGAGGAUGGGCAGGAAGCGGGUGGCCCUCAUCGCCUGCCUGCUGGUCCUCAUUGCGCUGCUGUUGGCCCUCAUCCUGCUGUUCUUGUUCUGGCGCUCUGGGACGGACAUUGUGUACAAGGAGCCGGCGGAGAGCUGCAAGUCCCCCGCCAUCCGCUGCAACGGGAUCCCUGACUGUUCCCAGAAGAGCGACGAGCUGGACUGCGUGCGCUUCGGCUGGAACCAGUCCUUGCUGCGGGUCUUCUCGGCGGCGGAGCAGGAGUGGCUCCCCGUCUGCAGCCAAGCCUGGACCGGGGAGUUCGCCCAGAAGACCUGCCGACAGCUGGGCUUCGGGAACGUCUCCGAGAGCGACUCCGUGGCGCUGCCCCACGCCGGGAAGAGCCUCCUCCCCGCCGCCCUGAAGGACACCAUCCAGCAGAGCCUCAACAGGUGAG